AUGGCUCCAGAAAGGGAACAAAGCCCCCCCGACUUGGAGCACAGAGCCCGGCUCUCCAUGUUCUUCCCUGGUGACUUUACGGUGCCAUGGGUUGGCGACAGCCCAACCAUCGAGACGAGGCGUCAAUACAUUGACGCAUACCUGAACUGGCUCCUGCCAUGCAGUGAGCUUCAUGAGGCAGGGGAAUACGAGAGGGCUCUCCGCCGACGGGCAGAGAAGAUAGUCGUUGCGCGAAAAAUCGCGGGCGGCACGACCAGGUUGAGGGAGGACUUCUUCGAGUACUGUGUUGACUGUGUCUAUUGGAACGUUUGGCUCUGUCGUCAUAUGGCCCCGAAUAUCCCCGUGUGGCCUUGGGGUCUGCCGGAGGAGAACCCUCAAGACAAGUGGUCGGCUACGUUUGCCACUCUGGCCAGCACCGACGAGGUCAAGGCCAUGGCGAAGGGAUGGGUGGAGUCCCAAGGGGGAGAGAUGCCAUCCAACGAGUCUUCUCAGCAGUUUAACCUGUCCAAUGCUUUUCUGGUACUCGCACAGAAGGCCGAGGGCCUCCGUGUCGUCAAAGCCCAUGAUAUGCCAGCCUCGACAGUGGCAGUACUGGCAGCUUCACUGGCAAAGGAGGAGCAUCGCGACAACCUCCAUCGUUUCCAGGGGCAAGCAAGGCUGUAUACAUGGUUUUGCCUUAGCGAGGUCUACGAGAAAGGAGACAAUGUCGUCAACGCCAUUGAUCCGCAUGGGGCAGGCUGUGGGGAUCAUGGACAAUAUAUCCCAUCCUUCACGACGACUCCUACUAACCCGGGCAAGCCCACAGGACAGGCGCCAGUUGCGGCUCCUGGUGGCAACAAGCCUAGGAACAAGAAGAAGUUCCAGGCAAAGCCAAAGGCUCCCCAUUUUGUGGAGGCCAACAAGCCUGAGCCGUUGGAAGCAUCCAUCGCCAACCAGGAGAAGCCAUCCUUCGCCGCCACCAUUGGCACUUACUCUGGCUCCAAGCUUGGCCCUCCCAAGGGCAUUGAAGACUCGAUUUGGGCGCCUUCUGGUUCGGCUUCAAAGGCCGCGGCCAAAUCCAUGGCCCUUCCCCCCGUGGCUCCCAGACUCGUGUCUACUCAGCCAGUGGCAUCCAUACCUGCGGUAGCCAGACCCAGGCCUGUGUCAGCCCAGCCAGCAGCAUCCAGGCCUGCGUUGGCCCCGGCUCAACAGGCUGUGGAAACAAAGCCCAAGAGUGUGUGUAGCCUGUCAGAAAUGGCUAUGGCACUUCCUUCGCUCCAGCCUACUAACCAAGGCCAGUUUCUAACGGUCAAGGGGUUCCGACACCAAGGGCAGCUGUGUCCCGAGCCAUCCUAUCAGCCGCCUGAUCGUGCGCAUCGCGAAAAGGCCUGGCGCUUGGCUUUACCGUGGCUGCCCAUACCCUCACAAGGAGAGCCAUUCAGAAUUGAGCUCUCAGGGCAGAUGGAUUUUGUUUUCCUUGUCUGGGGCCCCAAUUGUGCGCACUGGAAGUACAUCCAGGAAAACUUCGUGGAUUCAUCCCUCAGACAUUUGCGAAGGGAAACAGAUAACCGAUCCCACCCGACAAAGCAAGCCUCGAGGCCGCCGACCGCAUGA